AUGGCUCGCUUCACUCUGUCCGUGUUUGCCGCUUUCUUCGCCCUGGCGGCAUUCGCCACGGCCUUGCCCGCGAUGCCCGCAUUGCCAGGCCUUGGGAAUGGACUGGGUCUUGGAAACGCCCUCUCCUCAGUACCGGUUGUUGGUUCAUUGGCUGGUAACAUGGACAAGAAGACUCCUGUCGAUCAGCAGAAGCAGGCUCAAGACCAGGCGGCCAGCCGACAGACAGCAAAAGACAAGGCCCAGCAGGAAGUCGAUCAGAAGUCCAGCUCUGCUGCGACACCGGCCGCCGCCACGCCCACUCAGACCGGUCUUUACUCUGGGAACUUUGUGACAGCCACCUCCACCCCCAGUCCUCAUCCCAAGUCUCAGGCCAAUGCUUUGGGUAGCAUUCCUGUUCUGGGUGGCCUUCUCGGCGGCGCUGGAGGUGGCCCUCUGUAG